UGGAGCAGGCAACAGUGCUGCCAGCAGGGGGGAAGAGACAGCCAAACGAGAUUGGCUUUAUGGGCUGCAGAUUAAAUGAAGGAAGAGCUGGCACUGAGGGACUGGGAACUGGGGCAGCAGCACGUCACGGUGGCUUUGAUUGAGGUGUAAGGUUCAUUUUGUAUUAAUCCAGUUCUCUCUGUUGUGAGGGGUACAUAUGUACGCACGCAUUUUUGUACCUUAGGAAGGACUGGGAAAACUAGACUUUCACCCUGGUCCUUAGGGAUAUUUCCUCUCCCAAUAGAAGAUGCCAACAAAUGGGAUCCACCAGGUCUUGAAGAUCCAGUUUGGCUUAAUCAACUGUGAGAAUCGAUACCUAACGGCAGAGAGCUUUGGCUACAAGGUCAAUGCCUCUGCAUCCAGCCUGAAAAGGAAGCAAAUAUGGACCUUGGAGCAGGAUGGAGAGAGCUCUGUGGUCUUCUUGAAGAGCCACCUAGGGAGGUACUUAUCUGCUGACAAAGAUGGUAAGGUCUCAUGUGAAGCUGAGAAGCCGGGAACUGAUGAGCGUUUCAUUAGUAUCACUCAGUCGGACGGGCGCUGGGCACUUCAGUCAGAACCACACAAGCGUUUCUUCGGUGGCUCUGAAGAUAAUUUGUCUUGCUUUGCACAAACCAUCACUGAAACAGAGCUCUGGACGGUCCACUUGGCCAUCCACCCUCAAGCUAAUCUCUUGAGUGUUAGCAGGAGAAGAUAUGCCCAUCUCAGUGCCCAAGAUGAUGAAAUCUCCACCGACAGUAACAUUCCCUGGGGUGUGGACUCCCUCAUCACACUCACCUUCCAGAACAAGAAGUAUUGUCUGCGAACCUGCGAUAAUCGUUACUUGCGCAACGAUGGUACUCUGGUCAAGGAGCCUGACAUUCGUGCUGGCUAUACACUGGAGUUCAAGGCAGGCAAGCUGGCUUUCAAGGAUUGUGAUGGGAAAUACCUUGCACCCAUGGGUCCUACUGGCACUCUUAAAUCUGGCAGGAGCUCCAAGCCUGGUAAAGAUGAACUAUUUGAUCUGGAAGAGAGUCACCCACAAGUAGUUUUCAUGGCCUCCAAUGGCAGAUACGUCUCCAUCCGGCAAGGUGUCAAUGUCUCAGCCAAUCAGGAUGAAGAAACACACCACGAGACCUUCCAGAUGCAGAUUGACAAAGAAACCAAGAAGUGCAUCUUCCAUUCCCACACAGGCAACUAUUGGACCCUGGUGUCACAUGGUGGGAUUCAAGCCAUGGCCACGGAAGUAUCAGCAAACACCAUGUUUGAUAUUGAGUGGCGUGGUCGGCGUGUAGCCCUCAAAGCUGGCAAUGGAAAAUAUAUCUGCACCAAGAGAAAUGGACAACUAGCUGCUGUCACUGACACAGUAGGGGAGGAUGAGGAAUUUGUUCUCAAGCUGAUCAACCGUCCCAUCCUGGUUCUUCAUGGGGAUCAUGGCUUUGUGUGCUACCAUCGCAAUUCCAACAUGCUGGAUGCCAACCGCUCCACCUACGAUGUCUUCCAGAUCAUCUUCAAUGAUGGUGCCUACCAGAUCAAAGGCUUAGGUGGCAAGUUUUGGUAUGUGUCCAGCAAUGGCACUGUGUGCAGCGAUGGCGAAAGGUCUGAAGAUUUCUUCUUUGAGUUCCGUGAGAGCAGCCGUGUGGCCAUUAAAGGGAAGAACGGCAAAUACCUUCGAGGUGACCAAGCCGGAACCCUGCGUGCUGAUGCAGAGACCUUGCAUCGCGCUACACUUUGGGAGUACUGAGCCCCCGUGUCACCUGCCAUGUAGCACUUUAGAUGCUCUAGGGCCCACCAUGGCCAAGCCAGGUCAGCGUGGACACAGAGAUGGAGGUAUCAGAGGCAGCGUAGCGCUCCCACCUGGACUCCAGUGGCAAUAUAAUACUCCAUGGAAAAGGACUUUGCUGGGAUGGGCACAGGGCAAACAACCUCUCGCCUAUUUCCUAUUGUCUUAUCUGUCUAGCUUUAGAAGCAGCAACCUAGUCGGACUCCCAGGAGGAAACACUGCGGUGUAUCAGUCAGGAUGACAGUGAAAAAGGUCCCAUUCGA